UAUUGCAGCCUUGUUCCUAAUCCUCUCUCUCCCUCCCUUGUUCCCGUCUGGGUUCUCGCUGGCAGCGCCGCUGUCUCUCUCGUCCUCUACUUCUUCGCUCUUUUAUCAUUUCCCCCCGUUCGAAUCCCGGCGAGUAAAGAGGCUGCAAGAGACUUAUCUGCGUGCUAGUAAUGGUGAUACACACCAUGCGGACCAAUUUACUCUUCUGCCUCUCUAUUUCUUGCUUGCUUUCGUCGGCGGCUGCGAUGAGUGCGUACGAGGUGCUGAAAUCGCAUGGCUUGCCGAUGGGGUUGCUGCCGAAGGGGGUGAGGGAUUUCCAGGUCGACGGCGACGGGCGGUUCGAGGUCCGGCUGGACGCGGCGUGCACGGCCAAGUUCGAGAGCCAGAGCGAGGUCCGCUUCAACUCCACCGUCGCCGGCACGCUCUCCUACGGCCAGAUCGCCGCCCUCUCCGGCGUCGCCGCCCAGGAGCUCUUCCUCUGGUUCCCCGUCCGCGGCAUCCGCGUCGACAUCCCCAGCUCCGGCCUCAUCUACUUCGACGUCGGCGUCAUCUACAAGCGCUUCUCCCUCUCCCUCUUCGAGACGCCGCUGGAUUGCAUCCCCUUCUCCUCCUCUUCCUCCUCCGAAGCCCGCCUCCCCUCCAAGAAUCGAUCGGGAAAGCUGCGUUACACGCUCGAUCAACAGGAUGCUCAAAGGCCGGUUCUGUGAAUCAGAGAAGAAUUAAAAUCAUACCUUGUUUUUAGAGAAGUCUUAGGGCUUAGUCUUGGCUCGGCUUGGCUUCUAUAAUGUGUGUGAUUGCAGUUGCAGUGCAGGUUCCCUCGGAUUUGCUCUAUCCUAGCGAUGCGGAAAAUUUUGACCGAAUGAUGAAGGAUGGAGUCGUCGUCACGGUGAGAACAACGAGUGAUAAGAUUCGAGAGGAUAUAGGAAAGGGAGUUGAGGGAGUUCAAUUCCAUCCAAAUGAAAUCUGGUAAUUAAUGUUAUAUAUUGCUUGUAAGUUUUGGUUCUUGUUACCUACGAUGAACCUGGUGAAAGGCUUACAUAUAUAUAUAUUCAUAUGUAUGUAUAGCAGGGGAGUUGGGAUGGACCCUGUUCUUCCUGCUAUGUUGCCUUUGUUGUAUUGUAAGUAAUGCUUCGAGUCUCUCUGUAUAUGGCGGAAUCAUCUAUCUUUAUGGAUUCUCUAGGCAUUUGUUAGAUGAAGGCAGCUUUUAAAUAUGUGUAUCUCUUGUUUACGUGAUGAAAGGCGAUCUUUUGGAGUCAAACUA